AUGGUAUAAAAGCCCUUGAGACCGGCCACCAUCUCCACAACUCAAGCUUCUCUUGCUACCUUCUCUUCUUCUUCUGCUCCUGACUCACCUUUCCAAGAUGUCUUGCUGCUGUGCUCCAUCCUGUGCUAUCCCCUCCUGCCCCCAACCUUGCUGCUCCCAACCUUGCUGCUCCCCAUGUAGCUACCCUGUCGGCGGUCUGGGCUCCCUGGACUGCUGCAACAAUAAAUGCUGCUCCUCCUCAUGCUGCGGUAACUCAACAUCAGCACGUUGCCUGGGCAUCACCAGUGGGGCCAGCGUCGCCUGCGUCAACCAGAUCCCACCAUCGGAAUGCGUUAUACAGCCACCUCCUUUCGUGGUUACAGUCCCAGGGCCAGUUAUGGCUGCCAGCUGUGAACCCGUCCGUGUGGGAGGCUACACGGCCUGUGGCGGCUGUUCCCCUUGUGGACGCAUCUGCAAUUCUACCUGUUAAGCCAGAAGAAAGGGAAUGGAACGGCUACCUGAAAAAA